AUGGACAACGAAGUAUGGAACGUGUAUCGGCAAUUUGAGUUGGAGGGAGGCCGUCAAUACGAGGCUGCGGACAGCUGCACACCGCUUACCGGUACCGCACGCCUUCCAAAGGACGAACACACGCGUUUUACGAUGCUGAUCUCGGCGAGUGCUUGCUUCCAGCUUGCGCUCAAGACUUUCGAAAUCGCCUCAUCACCGUAUUGGGUAAAUGAAAAACAAGCUCGUACAGCGCUGCAGGAGCAACAGAGGAACAAAGGCAUGAUUCAGUGCUCGGGCUGCUAUGCGAUACUACGUGCCACAAGAGACACAGAUUCUAACUACAACCGCUUCAAUCCCAUGGACAUCUUCAUGCAUCGCAAUCCACCGAUAAACUCCCCAGAGAUUGAGGAGUUCUGGCGAUCUCUCAUUGAAGUGGUGGAUGCGCUUAGAGGAAUCCAUGACUUCAAGACACAAAAUGAUGGCUACCACGGAUUGUACAACGAUAUCAAGCCGGAAAGCAUCAUCACGAUGAACGAUAAACACAAGCUUGCUGGUCCUGGUUUUGCCAAAUUCAAGAAGACACUCGAGCAGGAUGACGGAGAGUCUUUGAAUAAGAUCAUUGCCCAGGGUAGAACGACGACAUAUGCUGCCCCUGAACGAUACGCGCGGAAAAGUGGCGAGAAGAUGCCAAGUGUCACAGAGCGUAGAUCUAUGGUCCAUCAGCUGCAUUUUCUCUUUUUCGGCGAUGAUCAUACCGGCACAGAACAACUUCGAGCCCUUGACGAUGGCAUGGAGUUCAAAGAGUACCAAAACAUCAUCGAUCAUGAGAUGUUUUCUGUUAAGGGCGAUGUGAGGAAGAUGUUGCUGGCCAAUUUCAAUCCGUACAUGGACGAGUCUAAAAAAUUCCUCCUGCUCACGAAGACUCUCAAACUCCAACGAAGCAGCCAUCGCGAUACUCGAUGCCACAUGGAUCACUGGAUAAAGCUCGCCUGCAUGAAAAUCCGCAAAUUUCUAACGGAUCACCACUGA